CUGCCCGCGGCGCCCCGCUCGGCCUGUUCGGAGCGGCAAAUGGCGCCCGCUCGGGGCUCUCCCCAUAGGCUGGCUCUGCGGGGCCCGGCCCAGCCGCGGGGAGCGCCCAGCCCGGCCCAGCGGCGGGCGGCGGCGGGAUGGUGGAGGCCUGGUACAUGGACGAGUCCGCGGGGGACCAGCGGGCGCCCCACCGCCUGCGGCCCAACCGCCCCGUCAGCCUGCAGCAGCUGCGCCGCCUCGGCGUCGUCUACCGCAGGUUGGAUGCUGAUAACUAUGAGACUGAUCCGUGUCUGAAAGAGAUUCGGAGGGCAGAAAAUUAUUCUUGGAUGGAUAUAAUAACCAUACAUAAAGACAAGCUUCCAAAUUAUGAGGAAAAGAUAAAAACAUUUUAUGAAGAACACUUACACCUAGAUGAUGAAAUCCGCUACAUCUUAGAUGGAUCUGGCUAUUUUGAUGUUCGAGACAAGGAUGACAAAUGGAUCCGGAUUUCCAUGGAAAAAGGAGACAUGAUAACCCUCCCCGCCGGCAUAUAUCACCGAUUUACACUGGAUGAGAACAAUUAUGUGAAGGCAAUGAGGCUGUUUGUUGGAGAACCCGUCUGGACAGCAUACAACAGGCCAGCUGAUGAUUUGCCUGCUCGGAAACAGUAUAUGAGCUUUUUGGAUGAAGAAGCACAGUAAUGGUGUCUGAGACCUGAUGGGUGGAACAGCCUGAAGCCCUGUCAGAAUAAAUGUGACUACUAGCUUUUCACUGAUUAGACUUCUACUUACGUAUACACUUAGCAUCACAGAAUUAUGGAAGAAGUUGGGUUGAAAGGUCAUUUGGAGGUCAUCUAGUCCAACCUGCUGUGAAGUACCAGGCCAACUUCAAAGCAAGACUAAGUUGCUCAAGACCUUGAGGUUUGGAAACCUCUGGUGGUGGAGGUUCCACUGUCUGGGUGCCCACUCCAGCACUUAGCUGCUCUUGUGGGCAAGCAUUUGUUCUUUGUGGCCAACUCCCUGGUUGCAGCUUGCGAUUGUUGUCUCUUGCACUUUCACUGAGUGCCUCAGAAGAGUCUGUCUGAAUUCUCCGCAGUCCCUUCUGUAGUGGGACACUGUAGUUAGGUCUCCUUUCAGCCUUCUCCAGGCUACACAAAGCAGUGUCCUUAGGUGGGCGUUCUGCACCCCAAGUAGUUAAGGAAGAUGUUCAACACAUUUUGCCCUAGUUUUGACUACUGAGGAAUGUCACGUGUAACCACUUGACAGUUAGACUUGAACCACUGGCUGUUUUGAGCUUGAUGGUCCAGAAGUUUUUCACCCACCUUGUAGUUCAUAUCCUCCGUCUGGCUCCCAGGCCACUGUGGGACACGCUGUUGAAAGCCUUUCUGUGGUCAAGGUGAAUGACAUCUGCUGUUUCCCUUCUGCCACAGAGCCAGUCCGUGCCUCCUAGAUGGCAGUCAGGAUGGACAGGCAGAAUGUGCCCUUAGUAAAUUGGUGUUGACUGGUUGUUCCCUGUCACCUGGUAUUUUGUGUGCCUGGAGUGGCACACAAUUCUUAUUCUGUAAUUUUCCUGGGGACUGAAGUGAGGCUGACUAGCCCAUAGUUCCCCAGAUCCCCUUUCUUGCCUUUUUGAAGGUGGCAGUAUCGUUUACCUUUUUCUGGUCAAAAAGGUUUUCAUGAUCUCUGUGACCUUUCCAAGAUGCCUGCAGCCUUGCAGUGACAUUACCUAGUUGCACUGACAGUUGCUCAGGAAUCCAUCUUCUAACCUUUUUUCCCCUUGGUAUUUCUGGCAGGUAGAAUUGGGAGAGGUGGGCUACAUUAGUAUUCAUUCUGCUCUGAAUCCAUGCUAAUGAACUAUGUAGGAUUCUAUUUUUAAUUAAAGAAAAUAAACCCUGCUUCAUUCUUGUCUAAAAAUGUUCAUAAGAAAUUUGCAUAAUCGGCAUUUUGGUAUGCAGCUUCCCAAGUUCUGCCCUGGUACAUAAAGCUGUGGUUUUCUGUCAGUAAAAUGUAGCAAUUUUCUCUUCUGAGUUAUUAAUAAAAUUACUUCGACUUG